GCCUCCCUCCCGCUCUCUCUUCGCAGUCCGGCCCCCUGUUUUACGUCCUCCGCCAAUCAUCGCCCAGAAGCUCUUUCCGCGCCUCAUCCGGGUUCCUGGGUUCGGGACGGUGGCCUCGUAACCAGGCAACUACUAAUCCACCUCCUCUGGGGCGGAUUGGCGGAUCAGGUGAGGACCGAGCUUGAUCUUCGGGCAGGAAGAAAGAUGUCAGAUGAAGAUGAUCUGGAUGACUUUGAGCCAGACCAGGAUGAUCUUGAAAAAGAAGAUGAUGAGAAGGAUACAGAGGAUUGGGAGGACAACAGGAAAGAGGGGGAAGAAUACUCUGAGGAACGGAUGCCCACCCCGCUUACGGAGGACAUGAUGAAGGAAGCGCUUUCUUUGCUCUGUAAGACCGGCAACGGACUGGCUCACGCCUAUGUGAAGCUGGAGGUUAAAGAGAGGGACUUGACAGACAUCUCCUUGCUGCGUUCCUACAUCCAUCUGCGCUAUGUGGAUGUUUCUGAGAACCACCUGACAGACCUGUCGCCACUCAAUCACCUCACCCACCUGCUCUGGCUCAAGGCUGAUGGCAAUCGGCUGCGGAGUGCCCGGUUGAAUGAACUGCCCUACCUGCAGAUUGCCAGUUUUGCCUAUAACCAGAUCACUGACACUGAGGGCAUCUCUCAUCCUCGCCUGGGAAGCCUAGAUCUCAAAGGGAACCACAUCCGCCUUGUGACAGAUCUCGACCCCCAAAAGUUGAUCAGUCUGCACACACUGGAGCUUCGGGGGAACCAGCUGGAAAGCACCCUGGGAAUCAACCUCCCUAAGCUGAAGAAUCUCUACCUGGCCCAGAACUUGCUGAAGAAAGUGGAAGGCUUGGAGAACCUAAGCAAUCUCACCACUUUGCAUCUUCGAGACAACCAGAUUGAAACUCUGAGUGGCUUCUCCGGGGAAAUGAAAUCACUGCAGUACCUCAACCUGAGGGGCAACAUGGUGACUGACCUGGGGGAGCUGGCCAAGCUUCGGGACCUGCCCAAGCUGCGAGCCUUGGUGCUGUUGGACAACCCGUGCACAGAUGAGACUGACUACCGCCAGGAGGCCCUGGUGCAGAUGGCACACCUUGAACGCCUGGACAAGGACUUCUAUGAGGAGGAGGAGCGGGCUGAGGCCAAUGAGAUCCGUCAGAGGCUGAAGGAGGACCAGGAGCAGGAGGCUGAUCCUGAGCAUGACACGGAAUCAGACCAGCCAUCCAGCCAUUGACGUCGCAGCAGUUCUUCUAGCCUCCAAAGAUAG